GUUAUGCCAGGUUGGAUUCAAAUUGAGACAAGAUAUAACAAGUGUAGGAUGCACAACCUAAAGUGUAAGCAGUUUUAACAGAGACGGCCUGAAGACACCUGAGACUGAUCGCACUGAAUUAACACUGACAGCUGCUGCUGAGAGCCCUAUCAGACUUCAGUUUUACUUCUACCACAAUGGCCUCGUUGAACAUUACUCAUCCCUGGGAUGUCUCUUCGGACCUCAACCACAGCUGUUUCAAAUGCAACCUCACAGAAUUAGAGGACACACAACAUACGGAGAAGAACUGGCCAGCCCUGUUCAUUCUGGGGUUUAUUUUUUUUACUGUUGCUGGGAAUAUACUGGUAAUUAUGGCCGUGUCAAUCGAGAGAAAACUGCACAAUGCCACCAACUACUUCCUGUGCUCACUAGCCGUGGCAGACAUGCUGGUGGGAUUCCUAGUAAUGCCAGCCGCUCUAAUUACUAUUCUUUACAAUCACACCUGGCCUCUCCCUGAACUGCUGUGUCCCUUGUGGAUCUUCCUUGACGUGCUCUUCUCCACAGCCUCCAUCAUGCACCUGUGCGCCAUCUCUCUGGACCGCUAUAUCGGCAUCCGUAAUCCAAUCAAAUACAGCCAGAGCAACACACUUCACAAGACCAUGAUCAAAAUAAUCAGUGUCUGGACGGUUUCUGUAGUGUUGUCGCUGCCAAUUCCAGUAAUGGGUUUCCAGGACAAGAAGAAGGUGUUUGUAAAUAGCACUUGCACCCUGAAUGAGCCUCGUUUCGUCCUUGUUGGCUCAUCCGUGGCCUUCUUCGUUCCUCUGGUCAUCAUGGUGGUCUGCUAUUACCUUACUCUCCGUCAUCUCCAGAGGCACAGCGCUUCCUUCCCUCAAGAGAGCAGGAGCACCAGCAAACAUUUAUCUGUUCAGAGAAGUGACACAAGUCUGCUGAACCUCAACUCCUCCUUCAACAAGCCUGCACAAGGUGCACGAAACAACAGCAGACGUGGCACGAUUCAGUCUUUGAACAAUGAGCGUCGAGCCUCCAAAGUCUUGGGGAUCGUCUUCUUUCUCUUCCUGGUCAUGUGGUGUCCGUUCUUCAUCACCAAUGUGCUGAUCGCCAUCUGUCAGGACAACUGCAGCGAGCUUCUCCAUGACCUCAUUCACUUUUUUGUCUGGGUGGGAUAUAUCUCCUCUGGAGUGAAUCCUCUGAUCUACACCCUUUUCAACAAGACGUAUCGACAAGCCUUCGCUCGGUAUCUAAGAUGUAAAUAUCAUUAAGCUGUGCCACAGAAGAAGUCCCAGGCCAUCUGAUGAUAUUGACAAAGUUACAGCUUAAUGGUUAAAACUGAUCAAUAAUUGACUGGUCGAUUAAUUUAGAAUUUGACAUGACAGAUUGUUUGUGAGUUUAAAAAAAUAAUAAUGUGUUGUUCCUGUGUUUCAGGAUAUAACAAAAGGUCCACAGAAGCACUGCCUUAUGUUGCAAGCUAUUUCUGUGAAUAUGCACAUAAUGAUAUGAGGUACACCUGUAAACACAUGUUCAGUGUAGCUUCUGUUGUUCUUGAGAUUUGUCUCUAAGAAGCACAAUCAGGAUUCUUUACUCGACUCAACUUUAUUUAUAAAGCACUUCCAACACCACAAGAGGAACAAAGUGCUGUACAGAAAGUAUAAAAGAGAAACAUAAAAACAAAAACAGACAUAUGACAUACACACUUACAAAGCAAUACAUACUCAGGGGCUAGACCAUGCAGAGACUUAAAAACGUACAACAGCGCUUUGUAUUGAAUUCUGUAUCGUAUGGGUAACCAAUGUAGUUUAAUUAAAACUGGAGUAAUGUGUUCUCUCUUCUUAGUACCCGUUAAAAGUCUAACGGGAGAGAGAAGCCUGACUCACACUGAGAUACAAUACAUUACAAUAAUCCAAACGUGAAGACACAAAGACGUGAACAACCUUCUCCAUAUAAUUAAAAGUAAGAAUAGAUUUCCAUUUAGAUAUUUAUCUAAGAUCGAAGAAACUAUUAUUAACAACAGCAUUGAUUUGCUGCUCAAAUCUAAGCUCAGAGUCAAAAAUGACUCCAAGGAUUCUCACGCUAGACCGUUUUUCCCAGGAAACAACCCCAGGCAGUCAUCGUCCACACACCCCUUAUUUCCGAAUAAAAUGAUCUCAGUCUUAUACUCAUUUAAUUGGAGAAAGUUAUUUGCAAGCCAGCACUUAACUUCUGCCAAACAUGCAUGAAGAGACUGAAUGGCACUUUUAUGCUCAUGUUUCAGUGGUACAUAAAUUUGAGAAUCAUCUGCAUAAAGAUUAUACUGAAUCCCAAAUUUUUCAAAAGUAGAACUUAGAGGGAGCAUAUAAAGGGAAAAUAAAAUUGGUCCCAGUAUUGAGCCCUGUGGAACCCCAGACACAAGGGGGGCAAUGGAAGAAAAAUAAUCCCCUAAGCUGACUGAAAGAGUCUUAUCCUUCAAAUAGGAAGAGAACCAUUUCAGGGCUAAGCCCUGAACACCAACCUGAUCCUUAAGACGAUCAAUGAGAAUGUUAUGAUCAGCUGUAUCAAAUGCCACUGUAAGAUCUAACAACAGCAAGACAACACGGUUUCCAGAAUCAACACCUCAUAGGAUAUCAUUAGACACCCUCAAAAGAGACGGUUCUGUACUAUGACCAACUCUAAAACCUGACUGGAAUCUAUCCAAGAUGUUAUUCCUAAUUAAAAAGUCACAAUUUUGAAAACGGACGAAAACUACUCAUGUCAAAUGGGUCUAAGCUGUUUUUUUUUAAAGGGGCUGAAUAACAGCGUGCUUAAAACUAGCCAGAACAACACCAGAUGACAAACUAAUAUUUAUAAUAGACAGAAUACUUGGGCCAAUCGAAUCAAGAACCUGUUUAAACAGAGAACGGAGAGACAUUAAAAGCAGCUGAAAAACUACUCGCUGUACAUGGAUUGAGUAUGCGAGAUGAAAUCGAGGCAGAAACAGUAUUACCCGGCGCAACACAAGGAAAGUUAGAAUUUAAAAUAACAGUCUUAUGGUCAGGAAAAACAGUAUCAACAAUCUUCACGCUAUCAAUAAAAAAUCCCAUGGAUAAUACAAGGUCAAGCGUAUGACCACGUUCAUGAGUUGGACCCGAAACACAUUUCAAAAAAAUCAAACUACUCAAUCAAACUAAUUUACUAAAUGUAAAUUUUACUCUCCAAUGGAAAACCUGAAACAAGAGCAUUUUGAAUCACUCUCUACAAUUAUUUUGCAACUGCACCUUCGGGACUCGUGAAGCGUCGGUCAGAUGGUUUUGACUGCAAGAACAAAGCAAACAUUAACUAUUUCCUACUGAUAUAGAGCACUGACCAAACAGAUUCCUUGCACUGUUUUCUUUCCUUUAUCGCACAGCAUGUUUUAACUGCACAGAUACUGCUGUAGACUGUUUGUGUUACACUUGGGUAAGAGAUUAAAGUGCAUUAAAGUGAAUUGAUAAUGAGAGAGUGCCACCAUGUGGUGACAUUCAUUUGAUUAACCAAUGAUUAAUGGGGUUACUAAAACAAUAAAUUAAAAAAAUAUAUUU